ACAUUCCCUCCAAAAGCAUAAAGAUAUGCACUAAGCAUAUAGAGAGGCCUUUUCAUGCUUUUGGCCUUUUGUGUCUUUGUUCAACCCUAGUGUCCCAUGUAAAAAAAAGCUAAAACACAAGUAGUUGAAUCUUAUAAGAAGUGAGAGAACCAAACAUUCACAUCUCUCUGUCUCUCCUCUGAUUUUUGAUUCAACCAAGUACAAGAAAAUGGAGGAUCAAUGUAGUCCUCUUAGCUGGUCUUGCUACUACCAAGAAGAGGGGAUUGAUGAAUUGAGACACUCUCUCUUGUACACCACUUUGGAGCUAGAGAGAACAAUUGUAUCUGCUCAUGAAGAAAUCACAAGAAAAGAAGAUGAAAUCGUCCAUCUCAAAUGUCUCUUGACAAAGAUAAUCAAAGAGAAAGAUGAAGCUCAAGAAAAUUUCCAAAAGCUAGCUUUCGACAACAAAUUGUUACUUCAACAACAACUUCAACAACAGAAAGAGCUAGAACAACAACAACUAGAAGCUGUUCCUUUGUCCGGGACUACUAGCAAUGAAGACGAACCGGAUUGCGAUGAAAACAUCAUUGCAUCUCCACCAUUACCACCACCACAAGUGGCUGAAGAAUUGUUGCCGGUGCCCAAAAAGCCAUUGCCAGAAAAGGGUAAGUUUUUGCAGGCGGUGAUGGAGGCCGGUCCACUUCUUCAAACCCUGCUGCUGGCUGGAGCUCUCCCUCAGUGGCAGCACCCACCACCUCAACUCAACUCCAUUGAGAUCCCACCGGUGUCCAUUUCAUCUCCGACACCACGGCUUCAGCAUCAGGACUCUUGUUGUACUAGUACUAGUGCUGCUUGUUUCAGUAGGAAAAGGGGUUUGGUGUACCAUUGUGAAGGCUCUGAUUCUUCUCCCAACUCCAACUAUCAAAAGGUUGCUCACACCAGUCUCCAUUGACCAUUGGCUAGUAGUGCUUCACAUAAUUUCUCACCAUGUCCAUCAUUUUCAUACUGUUAAAGAUGAAAAGGCAAUCAGUAUGAAAUGGACUUGUACAAUAGUUUUCCUUCAAAACUAAGAUUCCUAACCUCCAAGAGAAAGGGUUAAAGUGUAUUCAAAGCCCUUUUUAGUCUUUCUUACGUUGGAUUCAGACUUUUUUUAUUUUUGUUUUUUAAUUUUAGUAUGACUACUCUAAUUUCCAUGUAGAAUGUGAAUUGGGGGAACUGAAAUCUCCAAAAAAUGGGGAAUUUCAUAUGAAUAUAUUAUGUUUAAUUAGAAAAUAUA